GCGCGGGGCGCAGCGGGGCAGAGCCGGCUCCAGAGGCGCGGCGGCCGCGGGAGGAGCAGGCGCGGAGCAUCGAGCGCAGGCCGCGCCGGCCCGACGGGAGCAGCGCGGGGCGCGGGCCGCCUCCUCCGAGCCGCCUGCGCGCGGGCGGGCCGAGACCCUUGGCCGCCGCCGGCGGGGUAUGAGCGCGGAGGGGCCGCGGCCGCCCCCCGCGCCGCUCAGGCCGUGACCGGGCGGGGGGCGGCUGCGCCUGUGUCCGCAGCCCAGGGGCUCGCGGAGCCGGGAGCGACCACCAUGGACUGCAGCCUACUGAGGACGCUCGUGCGCAGAUACUGUGCAGGGGAAGAGAACUGGGUGGACAGUCGGACCAUCUACGUCGGGCACAAGGAGCCCCCUCCAGGUGCAGAGGCCUACAUUCCACAGAGAUACCCCGACAAUAGAAUCGUCUCCUCCAAGUACACAUUCUGGAACUUCAUACCCAAGAACUUAUUUGAACAGUUCAGAAGAAUAGCCAACUUUUAUUUCCUCAUUAUCUUCCUGGUACAGUUGAUCAUCGACACACCCACAAGUCCAGUGACAAGCGGGCUCCCACUCUUCUUCGUCAUCACUGUGACAGCCAUCAAGCAGGGUUAUGAAGACUGGCUUCGCCACAAGGCAGACAAUGCCAUGAACCAGUGUCCUGUGCACUUCAUUCAGCAUGGCAAGCUGGUCCGCAAGCAGAGCCGGAAGUUGAGGGUUGGGGACAUUGUCAUGGUGAAGGAAGAUGAGACCUUUCCCUGUGACCUGAUCUUUCUCUCCAGCAACCGGGCAGAUGGCACAUGCCAUGUUACUACAGCCAGCCUAGACGGAGAGUCGAGCCAUAAAACUCACUACGCAGUGCAGGAUACCAAGGGCUUCCACACAGAGGCGGAUGUUGACAGCUUGCAUGCUACCAUCGAGUGUGAACAGCCACAGCCUGACCUCUACAAGUUUGUGGGGCGCAUCAAUGUUUACAAUGACCUGAAUGACCCUGUAGUGAGGCCACUGGGAUCAGAGAACCUGCUUCUCAGAGGAGCCACACUCAAAAACACAGAGAAGAUCUUCGGCGUGGCUAUCUACACAGGCAUGGAGACCAAGAUGGCCCUGAACUAUCAAUCCAAGUCCCAAAAGAGAUCUGCUGUGGAAAAGUCAAUGAACACAUUCCUGAUCGUGUACCUCUGCAUCCUGGUGAGCAAGGCCCUGAUCAACACAGUGCUGAAGUAUGUGUGGCAGAGUGAGCCCUUCCGAGAUGAGCCAUGGUACAACGAGAAGACCGAGUCAGAGCGCCAGAGGAAUCUGUUCCUCAGGGCCUUCACUGACUUCUUGGCCUUCAUGGUCCUCUUCAAUUACAUCAUCCCGGUCUCCAUGUACGUCACUGUGGAGAUGCAGAAGUUCCUCGGCUCCUACUUCAUCACUUGGGACGAAGACAUGUUUGAUGAGGAAAUGGGGGAGGGGCCUCUGGUCAACACGUCUGAUCUGAAUGAGGAGUUGGGACAGGUGGAGUACAUCUUCACUGACAAGACGGGCACCCUUACAGAGAACAACAUGGCCUUCAAGGAAUGCUGCAUCGAGGGCCACGUCUACGUACCCCAUGUCAUCUGCAAUGGGCAGGUCCUUCCCGACUCUUCUGGCAUUGACAUGAUUGAUUCUUCCCCAGGUGUUUGUGGAAGGGAACGGGAGGAGCUGUUUUUCAGGGCUAUCUGCCUGUGCCACACUGUCCAAGUGAAAGAUGACCAUUGUGGGGACGAUGUCGAUGGUCCCCAGAAAUCUCCAGAUGCAAAGUCCUGUGUGUACAUAUCAUCCUCCCCUGAUGAGGUUGCACUGGUUGAAGGUGUGCAGAGGCUUGGAUUCACAUACCUGAGACUAAAGGACAAUUACAUGGAAAUACUGAACAGGGAGAAUGACAUAGAGAGAUUUGAAUUGCUAGAAGUGCUGACCUUUGAUUCUGUUCGGAGAAGAAUGAGCGUGAUUGUAAAAUCUGCUACAGGAGAAAUUUAUCUGUUUUGCAAAGGAGCAGACUCUUCAAUAUUUCCCCGAGUGAUAGAAGGCAAAGUGGACCAAGUCCGCUCUAGAGUGGAGCGCAAUGCAGUGGAAGGGUUGAGGACCCUGUGUGUUGCCUACAAGAGGCUCGAGCCAGAACAAUAUGAAGAUGCCUGCCGACUGCUACAGGAUGCCAAAGUAGCACUUCAGGAUCGGGAGAAGAAGCUGGCAGAAGCCUACGAGCAGAUCGAGAAGGACCUCAUUCUGCUUGGUGCUACAGCUGUUGAGGACCGGCUCCAGGAGAAAGCCGCUGACACAAUUGAGGCACUACAGAAGGCAGGCAUCAAGGUCUGGGUGCUCACAGGGGACAAGAUGGAGACAGCCUCGGCCACCUGCUAUGCCUGCAAGCUGUUCCGCAGGAGCACACAGCUGCUGGAGCUGACCACCAAGAAGCUAGAGGAGCAGAGCCUGCAUGACGUUCUCUUCGACCUGAGCAAGACAGUGCUGCGCUGCAGCGGGAGCCUGACACGGGAUUCCUUCUCAGGCCUCUCCACAGAGAUGCAUGACUAUGGUUUAAUCAUCGAUGGAGCUGCACUCUCCCUGAUAAUGAAGCCGAGAGAGGAUGGGAGCUCCUCAGGCAACUACAGAGAGCUCUUCCUGGAGAUCUGCAGGAACUGCAGUGCAGUGCUGUGCUGCCGGAUGGCACCCUUGCAGAAGGCCCAGAUUGUUAAGUUAAUCAAAUUUUCAAAGGAGCAUCCUAUUACCUUAGCAAUUGGUGAUGGUGCAAAUGAUGUCAGCAUGAUCCUCGAGGCCCACGUGGGCAUAGGUGUCAUCGGGAAAGAGGGUCGCCAGGCUGCAAGGAACAGCGACUAUGCAAUACCCAAGUUUAAACACUUGAAGAAGAUGCUUCUUGUUCACGGGCAUUUUUAUUAUAUCAGGAUAUCUGAGCUUGUGCAAUACUUCUUUUAUAAGAAUGUCUGCUUCAUUUUCCCUCAGUUUUUGUACCAGUUCUUCUGCGGAUUUUCACAGCAGACUUUGUACGAUACUGCCUAUCUGACUCUCUACAACAUCAGCUUCACCUCCCUCCCGAUUCUCCUGUACAGCCUCAUGGAGCAACACGUGGGCAUUGAUGUGCUCAAGAGAGACCCGUCUCUCUACAGAGACAUUGCCAAGAACGCACUGCUGCGCUGGCGGGUGUUCAUUUACUGGACAUUUCUCGGCGUUUUUGACGCUUUGGUAUUUUUCUUUGGUGCUUAUUUCAUAUUUGAGAACACAACCUUGACCAUCAACGGACAGAUGUUUGGGAACUGGACUUUUGGGACGCUGGUGUUCACUGUGAUGGUGCUCACUGUCACACUGAAGCUUGCACUGGACACACACUACUGGACUUGGAUAAACCACUUUGUCAUCUGGGGGUCGCUGCUCUUCUACAUUGUCUUCUCCCUGCUCUGGGGGGGGAUUAUCUGGCCAUUCCUCAGUUACCAGCGGAUGUACUAUGUGUUCAUAUACAUGCUGUCCAGUGGGCCUGCCUGGCUGGGCAUCAUACUGCUCGUCACGGUCGGCCUCCUCCCUGACGUCCUCAAGAAGGUCUUGUGCAGGCAGCUGUGGCCCACGGCGACGGAAAGAACUCAGAACAUACAACUUCGGGACAGCAUUUCAGAAUUCACCCCUCUGGCCUCUUUGCAGAGCUGGGGAGCUCAGGGCACCAGGCUCUUGGCUGCCCAGUGUAGCUCCCCCUCUGGGAGAGCUGUGUGCUCCAGGUGGGAGAGCGAAGAGUAUCCUGUGCUCACUGCUCACCCAGGCCUUCCCCACAAGGCGAGGUAUGGGUGCUGUAGGUCCAGCCUGGAGACACCCACCUGAUGGACAGACAGCCCCUCUGAGGGCUCUGUUCUUGGGCACCUGUGUGUGCCUGCACCUGUCGCACCCUUCAUCCUCAGGGAGGGGAGGGUAGGAUCACAGGUCGCCCACUGAGGCACAGCACACUGCAGUCUGGACUGUACAUAACGGGCAUCAUCGUCCUAGGCCUGGUGACCAUACGUCCAGUUGGGCUACGGAAAGGACAUUAUGCUUGGCCUCAUCUUAAGCCCCGUGGCUAUGAAGCCGGCCUUGGCCCCGCGCACCCACCUGCUGCUGCCACCUCUGCUGUCUCUUGAGAAGAUCCUAUCCUUUUGUCUACAGCCUUGUGCACAGCACAUGGCACUCGCCUCAUACGGUGUCCCGAUGUUCCUGACCACGUAUUUGCUGUGUGAACCAUGCACACUUCCCCCCGGGGAGUUGCCAUGUCAGACACUGAUUGGAGCGUGUCUCCUGGACCUGUGGCCUCACUGUGCCCAUGCUCACUGUCCCUCACAGAGCCAUCUUCCUAGAUCAUGUCUGAGUCAGUCUGCUAAGAUACUGACCCUACACGUCGGAGCCUUUGGAGAUGUCAGCACCCCUUCCUGUCACCGGCCUGUGGAAGAUGACGUUUAUGUAUGUGAAUAAGUCACACUGUUAGCCAAGUCUCUCAGGAGUGUAGUCAGUUAAACUUACUGGAAAACAUUUGUUUCAGUGGUGUGGGGAAAGGGGGAGGUUUGGGGCGUCCAGGCAGGUGUUUAUCCCACCCAGAGGUGAGUCCCACACUGUCUGGGGCUACUGUGGAUUCAUCCGCUCUAGUCUGCUGCUCUGCCUGCCACUGGUGCCACACAAAUCCCAUCCAGGGCUUCACUUGGAGUGGACAGGCCAUCAAAAGGCCACUGGACUGUGAAUCUCUGCUACUGCCGCACUGGCAUUUCUGUUUUCAGCAACGCUCCCUGACAGCACUGUAACGGGCCUGACUCAUGUUUUAGUGUGAUGCAGCCUUUCAGACAGUACCUGGGAGAGAGCCAGCCCCACCCUGUGGAGUUAUGUGGUGGGUCUGGAGCCAUGGUGAAGGUCUCUGGCACUUGAGGGCCUGUGUCCUGGGAAGCACAAAUUUUAUAACAUGAUUACACAGGGUUUCCCUAUAAAGUGUGUGCUUGAACUGGGGACCAGCCAACAGUAGGAGCAGUUACUGCACCUGGCAGCUGGGGGAGGUUGGGCGAAUAAACACCACACCAAAGAUGGGGAGGGGGGUGGCCUUGGGCUUCGGACACACAGAGGAUGUCCCGUGCUGCUGAGGGCUGUCUGUGCCUCCACACACCAUGCCCAUUCACCUGCCUGUGUCUCCACGUGUCAGAGGAUCGGAGCCCCAGUCCACACUGGCCCUUACAUAGUAGUGUGUGCAUUUUUACAGCCCCCCUUUUAAGAGCCCUGCGGGUACAAAUAUAAUACCUGUGGGGAGGGGCAGAUUCUCUGUGUUUAGUUAACAGAUUAUUUGUAAUGUAUUUUUUUAGGGAUCUUAAAAUUACCUUUGCACUAAAGUAUUUUCAUAGCUGUUUCUAUAUCUUAUUCAUUUGUCAAUGCACCUUCUGAUUUUUAAAUAUGUUUUUAAAGCUUUUGCUUUUUAAGUUUCAGAAUUUUGGCCACUUAAGUGCUGGUGAGCAUCUUGGCUGAAUGUGUCCGUGCCUGGCACGGACCUGAGUCUCCUCUGUGCCUCUCUUUCUUGACGUUCCCAGAGACUGACUAGCUGAGGUGUGCUGAGGGCAAACAGUUUCCUCUGCUUGCUUUGUCACUGUCCUUUGUCACUUUAUGGUUUCUAUUUUAUUUAUUUAUUUUUGUUUUUUGGUUUUUUUUUAUUCCAUCCUUCAGCCUUAAACACUUAACACUAUCCUUCCUGCAGGCUCUUCAUUCUGCAACCCUCUCUGGUGUGGGAACACUGUCCUGCACCACCACUCCCAAUAACAAGUUUACGUAGGAACAUCCCAGACUGAAUGCACACUCCAAUGUCUUUAAAAUUGUGCUUAGGAAAUUACCAAAUGAAGUUGCCUGAGAGUUUGAAGUAGACAAGGGCACAGGUGAAAUGCAGAGACAGAGACCAAACACUCGUGCAGAAGGUUGCCCACCUCACCUCACAGUGGCUGUUUUCUUUCCUUCAAGCAAGGAACUUCAACUCAAAUUAAGCAUCCUUUUUUCUUAAUUCAGUUGCACAGAUGUUCUGUGGCUUACUACUUUGGCUCCGCCCCCUACAAGUACUUCAUCUCAUGUAUGUUCCAGGAGCCCUGGCUGCACAUGUGUUCUCUUACUUUCUGCUCCGCACACACUCAUGCCAUGUACAAGCGUGUAUAAACAUACACAUGUGCACAAACACAUGUGCAUUCCUCUUCAAGACCAUGUACCAGCUGCUUCUGACAGCCCUAUGCAGAGAUGUUGCCCUCUAGAAUGUCAGGCUCCUUACACACACACACACACACACACACACACACACACACUAGGAAGGGUGCUUGGGCUGUGUGAGUGCACACUGUGCUGGACUGAGCUCUCCCCUCCCAGGGAUGCUUACCUCACAGUCAAGGCCUCCCCUUGCUCCCUCAAUCCAGCAAGCAGGAUCCAGGCUAACCAAAGCUGCAUGCCAUCCCGAGUACAGGUGCCUGCCCCCAGCCACGUACUAGCUAGGAAAACAUUUAUUCCUAAAUCUCAGCAAUCCAUCCUGAGUAUAAGCAGACCAAAGGCCUCACCUAGGGGAUGGCAUAGCCAAAGCUGGAACAGGGUAACGUUUGAGUGUUCAUACUGAGCACAUGUCCCAGGAUCAGCUGCUGAAUGUCUGAAGUGUGCGUGCCCUCGUGGUUGCCCAAGUUGCUGAGCAUCACCCAGGUGUCUGGUGUUCUGGAGGGAGCUCCAGCCUGGGUCUCUGAAUCCCCAAGUCCAAGGCAUAUCUGCACUGCUGGUAUCCACUGGUACUGGAUUCACCCGUCCAUUUAUUUCAUCUUAAUGUAGUUUAUUGGCAAUGCCAUGGUACAGCAGGCCCUUGCAUUCUGCGUUUCUUUUGGAAGUUACCCAUUCAUGACUAAAACCAGGAAAACAUCACUUAGUGAAUGCAAUUUUUUUGUUUUAAAACCUAGAAGACGGGUGAAUAGAAAGUGGAGUGGUUCUGAUACUGUGUCUGAACAAAGCUUUAAUGAAGAUAUAUAUGGUGGAAGUAUUAUGGAAGUGUGAUUCUAAUUUUGCAGAAAAAAUGUAUCAAUUUAUAUAGCUUUAUUUUUUACCUUAUCAAGAGAUAGAGAAUUUUAAUAUGCAUAUAUUGUCUGACUUAGAAUCAUGUGUGUCUGCAUUACCACUUAAAAUGUCCAUCUACUAUGUAAUGUAUGAAUAAGAGAGAAUCAAAGAUGUAUUUAACAUGAAUGGUUAUCUGUAGCUGUUGUCAUAAGUACUGGGAUUUAUUUUAAAUUAUCAAGUAUAAUAAGUACAUUAAACAUGUCAUUCUCCAACACUAAUGUCUAACUGAGAGCCCAGUAACCUGCUUUGAAAAAUUGUGAAUUAAACCAGAUCAAACAUC